UCAGUGGCCCUAUAUACCAACAACAAUAACAACAGCAUGGUCGAUAUACCACGUUAUUUAUCCUGAAAAUAACCCUUGUAGAGGCUGUAGAUCUUCAAGUACAGUGUUGCUACGAUACUAGAAGUAGUUAUCGUAGUCCAGGAUAGUACUAGCAAUGGAAGAAGCAGUGGAGCUUACCCCUGAAGAGCUAGAGCUUCCUCCCUGCAAGUACGAAUACCUCGACCAUCCUGCAGACGUUCAGAUCCACGCAUGGGGUGACAGUCUGAGAGAAGCUUUCGAGCAAGCUGCUGUAGCUCUGUAUGGCUACAUGACCGAGAUUGAUAAAGUGGAUAUUACUGGCCGGCAGGAAAUUGAGGCAGAUGGACAUGACAUAGAAAGCCUACUGUACAACUUCCUCGAUGAGUGCUUAUAUGUAUUUUCUGCCGAGGAAUUUUUCGUAGCACGUAAAGUGGUUGUCACGGAAUUCGAUAAGGAGGCUUUCAGCAUCAAAGCCACAUUAUAUGGAGAAGAAUUCAGCCUGGAGAAACACCCGCAGGGUACCGAAGUUAAGGCCAUAACCUAUGCCAGCAUGCAGGUGUACGACAGUGGACAGCAACACGAACUCUUUGUUAUUAUUGAUAUCUAACUGUGUAAAAAAAAUUACAUAACGAUUCCUCACAGAUUUCGGAAGUUUACCUAUGUUUAUUUUGAUUGUGGGUACAAUAUUAUUUUUUCUUGUUUCCCAAUAAUUAUUUUUUCCAAUUUUUAAUCAGUACAAUAAUCAUUUACAUCAAGCAAAAAAGUACUUAAAAUUAAUAUUUGAAAACAAAUCUUAAUAUAAAAAUGGACAUAAAAGGUAGCUGUGUAUAUGUAUUUUCUAAAUUCUCAUCUAAUACAUCAUUUUACGUACUAUAUAAUAAUAUUUCCAUACAAACCGUAAAAGUAGAAUACAGUGCCUACAUUUUUAUGUAUUAAAAGUUUUCCCUUUAAAGUCUUCAGUCAUAUUGGGAACACUGAUUCCCUUUAGAUCAAUUUUUUCUUGUAAAAGUAAAUUUUUUUAUAUGCAAUAAAUUUGUUCUCAUGUGGAAGUUUCUUCCCUUUAGGCCAAGUUACUAAACCUGUGCAAAAAAUUUUUCAUGUGAUAUGUAUUAUCAAAAUUUUUUCAAAACAUCUUGACAGGUGGCAGAUUUACAAACCAUAUUGACAGGUGGCAGAUUUACAAACCAUAUUGACAGGUGGCAGAUUUACAAACCAUAUUGAUAGGCAGAAGAUUUACAAAACAUUUUAACUGGGGGUAGAGUGAUUUAUAUGUUUCUGCACUGUUGUUAAUAUAUCCAAGUUAGUCAGUGUUAAGUAAAAGGAGAAGUGUACGACUAUUGCAGCAUUUUACUGUGACAAACUUCCUGGAGAGUGAAACGUUGCCACAAAUAAAAUGGCGCAAUAGUUGCAUUUGUGUCUUUUUACCAGACGUAUUGUUGGCAAUUCUACCGAAAGUUUUUCUUAUUACAUUUAGUAAUAUAUACAGGAGAAGGGGUUGCUAGCACCUUUCUCCCAGCAUUGUAGGUGCCUCUUACGACAUGCAUGGCUUACUGAGGCAGAAAUCAUGUACUUAACAAUGAUUGAUGAUUGAGUAUAGAGGACUUGAUUCCUGGAGAUGGGAAGUACAGCGCCGGCACUCUGAAGGAGCGGUGUUAAAGUUGCAGUUUUAUAACUGUAGUGUAAGUGUGUCUCUGGCAAGACAGUGAUGGAGUGAAUGAUGAUGAAAGUUUUCCUUUAUCUGGCAACCCUUCCUUGGUGGGAAAUGGCUAUGUUAAUAAUAAUAAAAAUAGAGCUAAUUCUCCACCAACCAUUGUGCCAUAUACUCAUCAAGGGACAGCCAUGGGGCCGGACUGCUCUGUCGUUGUACUGUGUUCUUUCCUUACACACAGUGUUCACCUCCCUCUUUCUCUCCCUCUCACUGAGCAUCAUGUUAUGGGUGGAGUUCUUCUCUUUAUCAUUUCCUCCCUACCUAUUGCAACCCUUUCUUGUAAACUUCAUUGAUUAAUCCUAAUGUUUAUAUGGUGUAUCAGUUGACCAACCCCUGGAACCAACCUCAACUCUGGUUAACACAAUCUAAGUUUCGGUUAUCUAACCUAACCCACCUACUUCUUAUCACUGCUACUAUUUCAGUACAUACAUCUUUGUUUCCUUUCUGCAGUAUACAAAAUGUAGAUUACAUUUAAUAAAAUAUUGUUAAGCAUAAAAGAAAGCUGAAUAUGAGGAUUAUAUUUGAAUAUUGGCAGUUUGGAGGGAUAUGUUGUGUAUCUUUAUACGUAUAUGCAUCUAAACUGUUGUGUUCUGAGCACCUCUGCAAAAACAGUGAUUAUGUAUUAGUGAGGUGAAAGUGUUGAAUGAUGAUGAAAGUAUUUUCUUUUUGGGGAUUUUCUUUCUUUUUGGGUCACCCUGCCUCAGUAGGAGACGGCCGACUUGUUAACCCUUAAACGGUCCAAACAGAUCGACGUUCAGAUUCGUAGUGCUACAAAAGUAGAUCUUUUUUUUACAUAUUUUCAAAUAUAACAAAAAAAAUGUAGAUAAAAGUUUUUUUACACAUUUUCAAAUGUAAAACAAAAAAGAAGAUCUACAUUUUUUUACAUACUUUCAGAUGUUGAAAAAACGUAUGUAUACGUUUGGACUGUUUACGGGUUAAAAAAAAAUUGAGGAAAUAAUAGAGAACUACAGUAGGCCUACUGGCACGUCAUGUAAAGUUGAAAGGCUAAUAAGUAAGAAUAAUUGAUGGUACAGGAUGGCACUGUGUAUAUAGCAUCUUUUUGGUGUUCUACAUUUUCGUUGGCUUCAGACUGAGCCAUUGUUCAUUAUGUUCCACCGGCCGGUGAUUCACUGAUGGAUGGAACAAUGGCUCAAUUGAAAGCAAAUGAAAACAUGGAACACUAAAAAGAGGUUCUGUAUAUGUAGGUAUCUCCUGCAUUUGUCACAAUAUAACUUGAAGGCCUUAUCGUGGUUGUUUACAAAAACGGGAGUGAACAAUCACUGCAGUUUGAAUAAAAUGGUAAUUCAGCAGUUUUUUGCUGAUUAGUUUGUUGUGUUAUUUGUUAAUAUUUUUUUAAUGUUGAACAUUCUUACCUUUCCCAAUGCCUUGGCAACUAUUGUGUGAGAUAAUGUGUGUAUUUGCACUUUUUAUUCAUCAUUGUUUGAGAUGAAGUACUAUAUAUUUUGUAUACGAACACAAAUUAAUUUGUAAUAAACAGUUGUCAGUGAAUAAAAAGAAGGGUGGAUGAGAGGCUUGAACCUCGGUCCGUAAAUUGACAGUCCGAUGCUUGACCGUUUAGGCUAACCCGAGCCUCUGUUUAUUCGUUAUUGGUUGUGAUCACGAUUAUGAGAAGUCAAAAUCAUUUUUAUUUUAUGAGGCAUUUACUGUAUAUUGCUACUACAUGUAUAUGGCUAUACAGGCAUACCUCAUUAAUACGGCGCUUGCUUUAGAGCGCUUCGCUAAUGCGGCGCUUUUCAAUUAUAUUCAUGUUUAUUAUUUCCAGUGCUUGUCUUGUUCUUAAGAUGAUUUUGGCAAUUUAAAAAAAAAAUAUUUCUGCAUUGAUAAUGUAAACAUGUUUUUAGGCUUUUAUAUGUACUGACAAGUGAAAAAAAAGACUGAUUCGCUUUAAGGUAAUAUUAGCUUUAUGGCGAUGGUCAGGAACUUUACCUGCCAUAUUAGUGAGGUAUUCCUGUAUUCUCAAAAUUAAGUAACACCACUAGAAACAAGUGCAGUUUAACCCCACUGAAUUCAAAUUCAAUUUUUUUAUUUCUCUGCAAAUUUUACAAUGUGUGACAUAUAAAAUACAGUGGACCCCCGGUUUACGAUAUUAUUUCAUUCCAGAAGUAUGUUCAGGUGCCAGUACUGACCGAAUUUGUUCCCAUAAGGAAUAUUGUGAAGUAGAUUAGUCCAUUUCAGACCCCCGAACAUACACGUACAAACGCACUUACAUAAAUACACUUACAUAAUUGGUCGCAUUGGGAGCUGAUCGUAAACCGGGGGUCCACUGUAUUGUUAAACACAAAGAAUGCCACUAACAUGCCUGAGCAUUUCAGGCAAAUGGUGACUUAAGUUGUGUUCUUAUGUCUCGGUCACAUUCUCCAGGUCCUGGCAAACAUUACAAGGUAAAACAUAUAUUCAAAAUUGAGACAUAGAAAGUGUAGAAUAAAAAGGAUCUGUAA